CCGUCUCCAUUCGAUUGUCAACAUCUGGCCUGCGGCGGCGCCCCCGAAGAGAAGUUCACGACCCAGAAUACGGAAAGUUGUGACGACGACUGUGUUAUUAUCGCCGGAAUGGCACAGCUCAUACGCUUCCCCAAUACAGGGACAGCCACUCGGGAUAUGUGUGCUAAAUAUCCAGCGAGCUCGCUAGGUCAGACGUGUUUCGGUGGCUUUCCAACCAUGCACACGGAUCCCCAUGGCUAUGAGUUUCUCAGCUGUGUUUAUCCUCCUCUCAACACUUCGUCUACGAUGGAAGCAGAUUCAGGUGACACAUUGUGCCCUUCUUAUUGUUUUCAUAUUGACUCACACGUUUCGUAGGACCGUAUGCAGUCUACUCUGGAAGAACCUACUACCAGAAUCGGGUUUACCUUUCCCUCGACCAAGUCCAAAGAUGGGACUGUAACGGUCGACAUGGCAACCCGAUAAACACUAUCAUGACGCUUUAUUCUUCCGAGUUACACUCCGUUUGCUCAAGUUCCUGGCACUCGGAAGCCGUCCCUUACAAUUUUGCCGAUUUCGACGGGCCUUUGCCCGCCAGUGCUUGGAACUGCCAGCCGUGGUGUCAUGACGGUAGAGUUCCAUGGGUGGACAUCUUGGAAAACUACAGUUAUACAUGGCUAAUGGAUGGCGAUCGGGGGCCCUGGCAUAUUGCUCCCCAAUUCGGAGCAAAUCGAGGUAUAUGUGCGGAUGGAAUCAUCGUUGAAGAGUUCUAUCGUCCACGGAUUAUGCUUCCACUGCAGCUUCGGGCCGCACAUCCAGCCUGGGCAACCUGCCGCCUUGAUCUCGACGGCGUCUUCGACCCACCGAUUGUGCUUACUGCCGAAGCUACUGCCGCUGCUGCAACUUUAGCAGCAUCAUUACAAACAACUGCUGCAAACCCGGCGCCAGGCAUUCCGACCAGCCUAACGCCUGCAAAGGCUACUGCGGCAGUGCCGGCGCCUGCGGCUUCACUAACUUCAUCUCAGCAAGUAAUACAAUUUACAUUCGAUCCAUCAUCUGAUAGUCCGCGUCCGACCGCCGCCUCCGAUAAAGGAAAAUUCACGGACGCAAACGCGCCAAUCACCAUUUCUGCGAUAGUCAUUCCGCAGCUUGAGCAGCCGCCAGCGUCAACAGCUCCAGGUUUGGCUGCAGCUCCUGCUAACUCGAAAUCUCCGUCGCCUAUCGCGGAUUCGAUUCCUGCCACAUCAGCCAAUGGACCAGCAAAUGGCAAUGGACCGUCAAACAUUAAUUUCCCGGCAAAUGGCAACAGACCGCCAAAUGACGAUGGUCCAGCAAAUGGGAAUGGAUUGCCAAACGGCAACGGAGCAACAAAUGGACAGUCUCCUGAUUCAGUGACUGCUUUCGCUAUCGGUUCUCAGACUGCUCGCCCAGGCGGUCCAGCCGUGACGGCCAGUGGAACCACGUUCUCCGCGUUACCCUCGGGAGCUGGGGUGCAAGUCAUCGUCAGCGGCCUGACUUCUACCAUCGGCCUUGCUGCGCCUGAAAUCGCAGCUCCUUCAUCUCAGGCCGGCAACAUUCUCAUCGGCUCACAAACCCUCUUGCCUGGGGGCCAAGCUGUUACCCAGGCCGGUACAAUCUGGUCCGCACUGCCUUCCGGAAGCGGCGUCCAAGUCGUCGCCGAUGGGAAAACCUCUACUGUCACCCCCCAGGCUCCUGGCAUUGCGGCUCUCUCGUCGCAGCCUGGCAACAUUCUCAUCGGCUUGCAGACCCUCGUGCCCGGCGGACCCGCUGUCACGCAAGCUGGCACAAUCUGGUCAGCACUGCCCUCCGGAAGCGGUGUUCAGAUCGUCGCCAACGGCCAUACCUCGACUGUCAUCCCCCAGGCUCCUAGAAUUACAGCUGCUGCGUCCCUUAAGGCUGACAUUCUCAUCGGUUCGCAGACGCUUACUCCCGGCGGUCCUGCUAUUACCUCCGCCGGCACUACCUGGUCUGCUCUACCCUCGGGAAGCGGCGUACGGAUCAUCGUUAAUGGUCACACUUCAACUAUCGCGCCUGUCGCCCUUGCUAUUGCGCCAGCCCCGGUUUCUACGAGCAAUUCCGGGGCCGGCGUACGCCCAUCUACUGCCCCCGUAACCAACAACUCUACAAGCCCGACUACUUCAGGUCUAGCACUCUACCCAGUCGGUCCUACUAGCCAAUCCGCCUGGACUAUCGGCGGUAAUCAUGUGAUUACUGAGGGCCAGGCCUGGACAGCCAACGGCACCAUUUUCAGCGAUAUAUCCGGUACGCUCUUCACCGGACUAGCCUCAUCCUCGAUUAGUACAGCUCUCGCGACGGCUAUUAAGCAGGGCGCUGCGGUACAGAUUCGAGACUUCAGCUGGGGAUCGGGGCUCGCGGCAGGGUUCUCUGUGCUUAGUGGAGUGCUGGCUGUAUUUUUAUGAUUGAUAUGAAUGAUUGAGAUAUAAAUUCUGAUCAGCUACUUCUCUGCUGCAAUGUAUUACAACAAUGCAAUUAUGGGUGGCAGGGAAUCCU